AGGAGAAGAAUAGAGGACCAAAAAGGUGCUCCAUUUUGGCGCACGUGUAGGCAAGUUGUACUCCAUCAUUUUCCUCCAUGUUCUCUAUCCCCGAACGGUUUCACAGUGGUAGUUCCUCGGGAAUUCUCAGCUUUUCGUAGAUAUAUCGUCUACUCCUACAAAUUUUAAUUAAUUAAUUGAUGAUUUAAUUAAGAAAAUAUUCACUCUGCAACUGAAAUAUAAUUCGAAUCCAGAGUUCUAGGGUUUAAUCUGGAAUUUCGAAGGUCGAUGGAGAAGAAAAUUCUGUCUGGGAGAAAAUACUCGUUGAAUUUAGUGAUUAGGGAGUUCUGGUGAUGGUUUUGGUCUGAAAGCUGAUUUGUUUCCUAAUUUUGAUCGAUCGUGCUGUUGGAAUCUGAGCUAUCGAGCUGUAACGAAGAGGAGGUGCUUCAUGGAGGCAAUUCGGAAGCAAGCAAGCAAGCUCAGAGAGCAAGUUGCAAAGCAGCAACAGGCUGUUCUGAAGCAAUUGGGACAUUUUGGUAGUGAAACUGUUAUGACUGAUGAUGAUGAACUACAAUGCCACCAACAACUUCAGAACCUAUAUAAUUCUACUAGGGCAGCUAAGCAUUUUCAAAGGGAUCUUGUUCGGGGUGUUGAAAAUUUUAUAACAACAAGCUUGAAGCAAAUGGAAAUAGGGAAAAAACUGGCAGAAGAUUGUUGCAGAUAUGGAAAUGAAAAUCAAGGUUCCGGCUUUUCUCUUUCAAGGGCUGCACUUCAGUUUGGUACUUCACACAUUUCAAUUGAAAAAGAGAGGGAACAUUUGCUUGAGAUUCUUGGUGAUCAGGUCUCUGAGCCACUACGGGCAUUAAUAACUGGAGCUCCUUUAGAGGAUGCUCGCCACUUGACACACCGUUAUGAAAGAAUCCGCCAAGAGGUGGAAGCUCAGGCAGUUGAAGUCUUAAGACGGCGAUCAAGAAGGGAGGGGGGAGCUUCUUCAGAUAGUGAUGCAAAGCUUCAAAAUGCAGAAGCAAAAUUGUCUGAGCUAAAAUCUGCUAUGAUGGCUUUGGGAAAAGAAGCAACAGCAGCAAUGUCAUCAGUUGAGGCUCAACAGCAGCAAAUCACUUUCCAGAAGCUUCUUUUAAUGGUAGAUGCUGAGAAAUCUUAUCAUCAAAGUGUUGCUGCUAUUCUAGAGAAGCUCCAUGCUGAGAUGGUUCUGGAGAAGCAACAAAGUGAAUCUGCACCACCAUCACCAAUAACAGAUGUGUACAUUCCACAUGCACAUGGAGAUACCAAUACCAAUGAAUCUGGUGUUCAUGCACAUGAAGAUAAGAAUACUAAUGGAUCUGGUGUACGUGCACAUGAAGAUAAGAAUACCAAUGGAUCUGAUGCAUGUGCACAUGGAGAUAACAAUACCAACGGAUCUAGUGCACAUGCACAUGGAGACAGAAAUACCAAUGGAUCUGGCACACAUGAACAUGGAGAUGGUAAAACCAAUGAAUCUGGAAAUGUUUUACCUACAGCUCAAAACGAGACAUUCUUUAUUGCAAAAGUAAGGCUUACUGCAUCUAUUAAAUGAUCCAUU